AUGCACCACGGCGAGGCCGAGUGCUUCAACGACGCCUACAAGCUCGCGGCCGACGCCGUCGACGCGUCGAAGUCCUUCGCGUUCACGCGGUGCAUGUUCGAGCGCAUGGGCGAGCUCUGCCCGGCGUCCUGGACGGGCAAGGAGUGCGCCAAGGACGCCUACAACGCGACGUCCUUCCAGCCGGCGGCCGAGGCCUGCGAGGCCGAGGCCGGCUACGAGGCCGGCACGCUCGCGAAGCUCGCGCUCGGCGACGGCGGCGGCGUCUCCUCCUGGGCCGCGUCAGGCAUCGCCGCCGAUCUCGCAUACUCGGCGAAGGCCGACCCCGGCGGCACGAUCCCGCCGCCGGAGGGGGGACCCGCUCCGGCGUGGAUCGUCGUCGGGGAUUCCUUCGUCAGCGACCGCGACUCCGACGACGAGGCCGCCUGGGCCGCCAAGGUCCUCGCCGCGGCCGUGUUCUGGCGCGAGUUCAUGAAGACGGACGAGGCCCAGGACGCUUUGAAGAUGCAGUACCGCGAGGAGUACGACGAGCUCGCCGACGAGUACGAGAGCAAGGUCAAGCCCCAGGAGCUGCGCGAGCUCGCCGAGGCGCUGCUGGACUGCAGUCGCGAGAUCAAGCACAUCGUCGCGCCCCUGCUCAAGUACGACUUCUGCCAGCGCAUCCUCUACAACAUCUUGCAGGACUGCACGCGGGGCACGAACGAGGACGGGUCGUUCCGCGAGAAGCGGAACUUCAGCGAGCACCUCAUGACGCACCACGUGCGCUACCAGAUGGAGAAGCUCGCCGAGGAGGUGCGGGCGAACCCCACGUACGGCAAGGCCGUCAACGACCAGUGGUGGGCGGGCAUCUGCUCGAAGAUGGCCGAGGACAACAAGCGCGACAUGUUCGACCACCCGCGCUACAUCGACGUCCACGGCCUCUGCUCCAUGAUGAACCAGGGCGGCCUGUGUCUGGACAUGGGCAAGACCAAGUGGAAGGAGCGGAACUACGAGCUGGCGCUGGACCGCUACACGAUGGGCGUCGACAUGCUCCAGAACCUCCGGUGCCGCGGCGCCGAGAACGAGGAGCUGCUGAGCGGCGUCACCUGCCGCCUGCUGCGGAACCAGGCGGCCUGCGCUUUGAAGCUGGAGCUCUGGGGCUUGUGCACGCGCGCCUGCGACAAGGUGCUCCACUUCAAGCCCCGCGAUUUUAAGGCGCUCUACCGCAAGGGCGUCGCGGCGACGAAGACCGGCGACUUCGACGGCGCCGAGUCCUGCUUCAAGAAGGUCACGGAGCUCGUGCCCGACUCCUACGAGGAGGCUUAUGUGUACGCCCAGGCGAAGAAGGACGCGGAGAAGCAGCUCGCGGGCAUCGCGCGCCGCAAGGCCGCGUCGAACGCGUUCGGGCGGACGAUGGUGAAGCGGGGCUUCCUCGAGCGCGAGGGCCUUUUUAGUGAUGACCGCCACAAGGACGAGGCCGACAAGCACACGCCCAUGGACGAGGGCCUGCGCCACCACAUCGCCGAGCGGCUCCGGGAGCAGAAGAAGUACGACGACGAGCGCCGCGCGGCGGCCGUGGACCUGCCGGACCCCUGCGUCGACGACGACCUGCCGACGCUGGACCUGGACCGCUGCAUCGCGCUCCAGGAGGACGUCAAGGCGCUCUACCGCACGCCGGCCUUCAUGAAGGCGCUCGGCGACCUCCAGGAGAAGUGCGGCUCGUCGUCGAACAAGUUCCUCGACGAGCUCGAGACCUUUGCCGACGACCAGAAGGCCGACGUGCUCGAGAAGUACGGCUUCACGGGCUGGGCCGGCGCGCGCGCCGCCGAGCGCGCCAUCGCGAACAAGCUCGACGACCCCGUCGUCCGCGCGAACGCGAAGGAGCUCUUCGAGAUGGCCUUGAAGCCCGAGCCGCGCGUCGCGGUCAUGCGCUGCGCCUCGUUGUGGCCGACGAAGUUCACGUCCGUGCCCGGCCCCGGCGCGCCCAGCGCCAACUCGAGCACCAUGUCCGACUUGUCGAGGAUGAUGAAGGGCUCCUUCCCCAUGGACUCGCUCCUCUGCGGCUGGGCGUCCGAGGGCGUCGGCGAGGCCGUCGGCCGGCCCGUGGACCCGUGCUGGGACGACAAGGGCAACGACGUCGACGCCGGCCCGCAGCGCGUCGAACCCGACGAGGCGCCGACCGUCGUCGUCGAGGAGUCGGACGUCGCGGCGCUGGCCGAGGAGAUGCGCAAGCUCAGCGAGGACGCCAUCGCCAUGAAGGAGCAGAUGCGGCUCCUCGAGCUCGAGCGCCUCGAGGCGCACCUCGAGGCCGAGCGCGCCGCGCGCGCCGAAGACGCGGCGGCGAUGGACGAGGACGAGCCGGCCGCGCCGGCGACGGUGACGGGCGCGCUCGCCCCGCCGGCGCCGGAGGACGACGAGGCGGCGGACGCGCCGCCGGCCGCGUACGCGCCCGCGGAGUACUCGCCGGCCGCGGCCGAGCCGCGCCCGGCGGACGACUCCGCGCCGCCCCCGGCGGCGGACUUCUCCACGCCGGCGGCGUACGCGCCGCCCCCGGCGGACUUCACGCCGGCGGCGGCGAAGACCGUGCCCGCGGCGUACACGCCGGCCGCCGCGACGCCGUUCCCGCCGCGGGCGACGACGUCGCCGCCGCGGCCGCGGUCGUCGUCGCCGGAGCGCGUGCCCUUCGCCGGCAUGGGCGCGACGCCGAGCUCGCCGCGGCGGCGGAGCGCUGGCCGGUCCCCGAAGCCGUCGCCCGCGCGGCGGCGGCGCCGGGCCGAGGCCGCGGGGCCCGAGGCCUGCGCGCUCCGCGUCGUCGAGCUCGCGUUCCGCCGCUACGCCGCCGAGGGCCGCCUCGGGCGCAAGGAGUGGGCCCGGCUCUGCCGCGACGCGGGGCUCGCCGAGCCGCGGCGCGUCGACGACGCGCGGCGCGUCGACGCGGCCUUCGACGCCGCGCGGCGCGCGGCGGUGCUCGCGGCGGCGGCCGCGCCGCCGCGGUCCGCGGGCGAGCGCGCGCCCCUGCGGUCGCCGCCGCGGCGCGGCGCGUCGACGGCGCUGGGCCUCGGCCAGUGCGCCGUCGCCCUCGAGUACCUCGUCUGGGCCGCGGCGGGCGCGAGCGCUCCGCCGCCGAAGGUCGAGGCCGCGGCCGGGCUCGCGCCCGCGUGGCUGCCCGCGUGGCUCAGCUCGCCGCCCGCGGGCCGGCUGCGGGCCCUGGCGGCGGCGGAGCUCGUGGACUUUGGCGACGCGGCGCGCUACCUCGCGCUCGCGCCCGCCGACGACCCGCUGGCGGCCGUCGUCGACGCGACGCGGCGGAACACGCUCGCGGCCGAGUGCGAGCUGCUGGCGACGCCCGAGGCCGUCGACCUCCUCGAACGCAACGGCCGCCCCUUUUCCAUCCUCUUCGAGCGCUACGCGGACGCGGACCGGCUCGCGGCGCGCGGCCUCGGCGCGUUCCUGGACGACUGGUGGCUCGCGCCCGCGCUCCUGCCCCGGGCCAAGGUGUUGGACGUCGCCCUGCAGAUGGAGGCCCGCGACGGCGCCCCGGGCCUCGGGCGGCUCCAGUUCGUCGAGCUCCUGGGCCACGUGGGCCUCCGCGCGAUGCCCGGCGACACGCCGAAGCGGCGGCUCCUCGAGCUCGUCGCCUGGCUCGACAAGUCCAAGGGCCGCGCGGCCCUGGGCCACCCGCACCGCGCGACGCUGGCCUUCGCCAUCCCCAUGGCGGCGCUGGCGAAGCCCGCGCCCGCGGGCGCGUGGCCCGUGGCCGAGGCCGCGGGCGCCGCCGCCGUCGCGGACCUGCCGAAGCUGACGGCCAAGUACGCCGAGGAGCUGUCCUGGAAGCGCCACAACAAGUUCGCCUGCAACUUCUGGCUCUCCUCGGAGGCGCGGCUCGUCGAGUCGGCUGUGAUCAAGACGGCGUACGACGCCAUGUGGCAGACGGUCUUCCAGGCCAAGCUCGACGCCGGGGGCUGGGCCGCCGCCGCCGGCGAGGCCCAGCGCGUCGUCUACUGCCAGGCGCGCACGGAGACCUGCAACCUCGUCGCGGGGCCCGAGCUCAUGUGGAGCCCGUCGUUCGUCAAGACGCGCGGCGCCGCGGAGGCCCGCUUCGGCGCGGCCCUGGCGGUCAUGCGCCGCCGCAUGGAGCUCGCGCGCCUCGUCGCCUACAACAAGCGCGCCACGCAGAAAGUUGGGGCCAAGAUCGCGGCGUUCGUCGGCCUCGUCUACGAGGCCGGCGACGACGUCGACUGCGCGAAGAUGGACGGCAUGGCCCUCGACGACGACGUCGAGGACGACGCCAUGAUCUGCGGCUGA